CCCACUCAAAAUGGCCAGAGGUGUUUAUUAUGCAAGCGACAACCUCGGCAAAGACUAUUGAAAAGCUACAGGAGGUGUUUGCGCGUUUUGGAAUGCCCGAGACGUUGGUUUCUGACAACGGUACACAGUUUACGUCAAACGAGUUCAAGGAUUUUCUAAAACGGAUCGGAACACGUCAUGUGUUAACAGCACCGUAUCACCCCAGUAGCAACGGCCUGGCGGAGAGAUUUGUGCAAACCUUAAAAUCGGCGCUGCGCAAGGGAGUUGCCUCGGAGCCACUGCAGCAGACCUUAGGAAAGUUUUUGCAAACCUACCGAAACAUUCCACAUGCAACAACGGGGGAGGCGCCAGCAGUUUUGUUUUUGGGAAGACGCCUUCGCACUAGACUGGAUGUUCUCAAGCCAUCUGUAGAAAACAGAGUGGCCAGGCAUCAGUUCCGCCAGAUGUUGCAAAGAAGCUGCCGUACCCGAGAGUUUAAAAUAAAGGACCGGGUACGUGUGUGGAACCCCCAUCGGGGAGACAAGUGGCUAAAGGCAACUAUACUGUCAAGGAGCGGUCCUGUCUCGUACAAGCUGCGUGUGUACCGGGACCAUGACACAGUCAUCUGGCGACGCCAUCAGGAUCACAUUCGGCAGGAGGGGGACCAGGAAGUUGGAACGCCGGCGUCGCGGGAGGAAGAUGAAGCUAGCUUCAUACCGCAAGCUUUAAGUACAGCAAGCCAAGCGCAGCCUCCCCCUGCCAGCCCACCUACAAGUGCCUCAACGGACCCGGGGUCGACCAGUAUUUCAAGGCCUCGAACGCCGACUCAGCGCUAUCCAACAAGAGUGCGCUGCCCUCCUGAUCGUUAUUCACCAAGGGACUGA